AUGCUCUACCUAAUCGGCCUCGGCCUAGCCGAUGAGAAAGACAUCACAGUCAAAGGCCUUGAGAUCGUCAAGAAUGCCGCGCGUGUCUACCUUGAGGCCUAUACAGCCAUCCUCCUCGUCGAUAAGGAAAAGCUGGAAGCCUUCUAUGGCCGCCCCGUCACCAUCGCCGACCGCGAAAUGGUCGAGUCCUCCAGCGACGACAUCCUAGCAGACGCCUCCAACGUCGACGUGGCCUUCCUAGUCGUUGGCGACCCCUUCAGCGCAACGACGCACUCCGACCUCGUACUUCGCGCCCGCGAGCUUUCCAUACCCGUGCGCAGCAUCCCGAACGCAAGCAUCCUGACUGCAAUCGGCGCGACGGGACUGCAGCUGUACAAUUUCGGACAGACGGUCAGCAUGGUCUUUUUCCUCGAGAACUGGAAGCCGAGCUCCUUCUAUGACCGCAUCAAGGAGAAUGUAUCGAUUGGGCUGCACACGCUCGUUCUGCUGGACAUCAAGGUGAAGGAGCAGUCGCUUGAGAACAUGGCCCGUGGGCGCAAGAUCUACGAACCGCCGCGGUUCAUGACGGUCGCGCAGUGUGCAGUGCAGAUGCUGGAGACGGAAGAGGAGCGCAAAGAGGGCGUGUAUGGGAAGGACAGCCUGGCCGUCGGGGUGGCGAGGAUAGGGGCUGAAGACCAGAAGAUCGUGGUGGGCACGCUGGAGCAGCUUGCUGAGAGUGAUCUGGGGCCACCUCUGCACAGCCUUGUACUACUCGGACGGAGGACGCAUGAUCUUGAGAGGGAGUUCUUGAAGGAGUUUGCUGUGGGCAAGGAGACGUUUGAUAGCGUGUGGAAGAGAGACUAUGAGGGCAAGCAGUGA